AUGUCACAGUUACGGACAUUCUGGAGAACUGUCUUGACAUGCUGCAGGUUCCAGCACAUUGUGUUCCGUCUCUUCCUUCAGAAGAAGGCAACAUGUCGCACACUCUCACACAUCCAACACCCUCACAUCCUCACACACGCAGAGCCUUCGCCAUCCUCACUGCCCCACACCCGCAGAGCCUCCGCCAUCCUCACACCCGCAGAGCCUCCGACAUCCUCACACCCAAAGAGCCUCCGCCAUCCUCAGACCCACAGAGCCUCCGCCAUCAUCACAUCCGCAGAGCCUCCGAUAUCUCACAUCCGCAUCACAUCCUCACACCCGCAGAACCUCCGCCAUCCUCACUGCCUCACAUCCGCAGAGCCUCCGCCAUCCUCACACCCGCAGAGCCUCCGCCAUCAUCACACCCGCAGAGCCUCCGACAUCUCACAUCCGCAUCACAUCCUCACACCCGCAGAACCUCCGCCAUCCUCACUGCCUCACACCCGCAGAGCCUCCGCCAUCCUCACAUCUCACACCCGCAGAGCCUCCGCCACAUCAUCCCAGAGCAUCCUGCAUCUCACAUCGCAUCACAUCCUCACAGAGCAGAGCCGCCAUCCUCACAUCCUCACACCCAAAGAGCCUCCACCAUCCCUCACACCCGCAGAGCCUCCGCCAUCCUCACAUCUCACACCCGCAGGGCCUCCGCCAUCCUCACACCCGCAGGGCCUCCGCCAUCCUCACAUCCUCACACCCAAAGAGCCUCCGCCAUCCUCACACCCGCAGAGCCUCCGCCAUCCUCACAUCCUCACACCUGCAGAGCCUCCGACAUCCUCACACCCAAAGAGCAUCCACCAUCCUCACACCCGCAGAGCCGCCAUCCGCACAUCUCCACACCUGCAGGGCCUCCGCCAUCCCUCACACCCGCAGAGCCUCCGCCAUCACAUCCUCACACCCAAAGAGCCUCCGCCAUCCUCAGCCUCCGCCAUCCUCACAUCUCACACCCGCAGAGCCUCCGCCAUCCUCACACCCAAAGAGCCUCCGCCAUCCUCCGCCAUCCACACACCAAGAGCCUCCGACAUCCUGACAUCCUGCAGAGCCUCCCGACAUCUCACAUCCGCAUCACAUCCUCACACCCGCAGAGCCUCCGCCAUCCUCACUGCCUCCACCCGCAGAGCUCUCCGCACAUCCCGCAGAGCCUCCGCCAUCCCUCACACCCAAGAGCCUCCGCCAUCCUCAUCCCCAGAGCCUCCGCCAUCCUCACACCCGCAGAGCCUCCGCCCCGCACAUCCUCACAUCCUCACACCUGCAGAGCCUCCGCGAUCCUCACCCCCACAGCCUCAGCCUGAUCCUCACACCCGCAGAGCCUCCCAGCAUAUCCAGCAACACCAGCAUCCGACAUCCCCGCCAAUCACACCGAACUCUUCUAUAAUAACCUCUUUAAACGCGUCUAUUAAACGUACAUACAGCAUAUGA